AAUGAAACCAUUACUAUUUGGUACACCGUGCAGCUGUGCGAUCUUCAUUUUGGCAUAUUGUAUAAUAUCCAUUUUUAUCUGGCUUUUGUAUACAGAUAAUGCCAUAGUUGACUUUGAAUACUAUUCAAUUCAAAGUCUUGGCGAACUGGGAAAAGAUGCACAUUUGCAAAUGACAAAAACGGAUUUAGUAGAUGCUGCAGAAGAGAACGAAGAAUAUCAAUACAAUGCCUGGCUCUCUGAAAGAAUUCCGCUGAAACGAGCUCUAGAAGACUAUAGGGAUCCACAAUGUCGCAAGAUCAACUAUAGUACGGAAAAAAGGGUUUCUGUUAGCAUAGUCAUAGCCAGCCAACAGGAGCAUCCUCACACUCUGCUGAGAACCAUCUAUAGCGUUAUUGCGCAGACAUCAGCCUCCCUACUCAAGGAAAUAGUACUGGUUCAUGAUGGGCAUGCCGAUAUAGAUCUCAUCCAGCACAUUCAUCAGAAACUUCCCAUAGUUAUUCAGCUGGAAAUGGAAACUGUGCAGGGAAUUAUUCAUGGUCGUUUGACUGGAGCUAGAAUAGCCACUGGAGAUAUUCUCGUAUUUCUCAAUGGCCACAUGGAGGUCACAAAGGGUUGGCUGCCUCCUCUACUUGAACCCAUACUCUCAAACAACCGGACUGUCACUGAGCCCAUUAUAGAUGCCAUAUCUAGAGAAACGUUUGGCUACCAGAGGUUGGUGGAACCGGAGCAAAUGGCAUUCGACUGGCAGUUGGAUCACAUUUUUCUGCCCCUGGACCAGCACUCGUGGAAUAACCUUCCCAAGCCAUACCCAUCCUCCCAACUGGAGGGUCGUGUUUUCGCCAUCGAUCGCAGGUGGUUCUGGCAUCUUGGGGGCUGGGAUGAAGGACUCCAGGAUUACGGGGGCGAUGCCCUGGAACUGAGCCUCAAGGUGUGGCAGUGUGGUGGUCUCAUCCUCGCCGUUCCCUGUUCACGAGUGGGAGUUAUCUAUAAACGCGAUGAGCUUGAGGCCCAGAUGACACCAAACAGAAAUCCCAGCUUGCAAGUCCAACAGAACUUCAAGCGUGUUGUAGAUGUCUGGUUCGACGAAUAUAAGCUGCACUUUUAUCGAUACAAUCCCAGGCUGAGAAACCUUACCGCAGAAUCGCUGGACAAGCCACGAGAGUUACGACGUCGCCUGAAUUGCAAGUCCUUCGGAUGGUAUAGAAGCCAAGUGGCGCCACAAAUCAGGAACUAUUAUCUUCAUGCCGGACUUUCCAGCUAUGCGAUAGGUAAAAUAAUGCCAUUUGUGGCGCCACACUUUUGCUUAUCCAUCAAGGGAGGACUUCCUGUCAUGAGGAAGUGCAACUCAACUAAUUUCGAAGACUGGACUCUUACGUCUCGUUGUCAACUGAAACAUGGUAACAUGUGCCUGGAUGUGGACUAUAAAAGUAAUGUGCGGGCUACGAAAUGCUCUAAAAAACUACCCAAAAAUCCCUGGCACUAUAAUUACCUGCACAGCUCAUUCGUCAGCAACGGAAACAAAUGUCUGGAAAUUGAUGUCAAUAAAGUCGGCCUCAUUUUAAGUGCUUGUGAUUCCGAUGUGACGGAACAACGAUGGAAGUUCACUGGAGUGCAGGACUCCUUGAAAGAGCACAGCAGGGAUGUUUGCUUAAAUGUAAACCAGUGAACUUUUUGGCUCUUACUUUCAAAGGAUUUCUUAAAUUUUUAUUUUAAUAAUUCUAGUUUUUAAUUUACAAAAUUAAUUUAUCAUUAUUCCGUUAAAGCUACAA